AUGGAGCCGAGAAUAUGUUGGUUUGUGGCGGCUGCAGUCGCAGUACUGCACACACUGCAGACUUGCUACUACCAAAUGACACCGACAGUGCUUAUGCCGUCGAUUCUGAAGGACUUCGGUGCUUCAGUUGUGAGCGGUUCCGCUAUGGUUGCAGUGAGUCGUCUAGCGUACGUUUUGGCGCUUCCUGGAGGCGGGUGGCUAGUUGACCGCUGGGGUCCGCAGCGUUGCAUCCUGGCCGCAGUAAGUGCGCUCGGGGCGUCUGCACUGCUGUUCGCUCUCAUGCGGUCUAUGGCGCAGUUCGCUAUUCUACAGGCUGUGAACGCAGUAGCGAUGGCCUUUGCUGGAGUGCCCGUUUACUCCGUAUUUCUUUGCCAUUUUUUUUUCGAGCACCUGGGCACGGCUCUAGGCAUGGUCCUGUCGGGAUUUUCUCUCGCGGGAGCACUUUCUGCACUAGUUUUGGGCGCCAUUGCGUCGCAUGCUUCAUGGAGAGUGUCAGCUUUCGCGGUUGCCGGUGCCUUGAUUGUGGCUGCAAUUCCUCUUGCGGUCUGGAUUCAGCGGGUGCGGCCUCCUGGAGAGCUGCUUUCUGGACGUGAAACCGUGAACCCGAUCUCAAGUGCUCCGAGCUCAAGAAUGGAUGCAGUAAAGUCCCCUGCGUCUCGCGGCGAAGAAGCAAAGGAACCGCUAUACUUCGCGCAUCAUGAACGUAGAAAGGAUGCUGAGUUCAGUGAACUGGACGCGGAGGUAGCCGCUGGCGCUGCAGAACCGGCGGAACACGCACAUGAUAAGAAUCUGACUAGUUUCUCGUGGGCGAGCCUUCCGUUUUUGUUGUUAGCGUCGUCGUACUUUCUGCUUCAAUACUCCUAUGGCUCUUAUAAUGAACAUUUUCUCAUAUACAUGACGAUGGAUGAGCAAGCAAAUCUCCAUUUCGCGACAACGAUUCUUGCUGUGCUUUACUUUAGCACAUUCAGUGCCAAAAUUGUCGGAGGUUACGUCGGAGACCGCUGGGGUCGAUUCCUUACCAUGGUCGUAGCCGCAAUAGCUUCAGUUCUAGGGGCAGUGCUUAUGACGAUUUUUACGCUUCGAGAUACGCCUCCGGAUGCAGUUCCGCAAAGCACCUUUCAUGGACCUGGCCUGCUGAUGUGCCUCCUAGGCUUCGCUGUCUUGUUUGGUGCCGGCUAUGGAGCUAUGUUUAAUGCUAACUACGCGCUCGUUCCUCGUAUUGUGAGCAUAUCGCGUUUAGGGUUCGUGCAGUCUAUUUUAUUUGCGAUAGGUCUAUGCGGGAAUGGAGCGGGCGCCCUGAUCACCGGGUAUAUGCGAACGUGGACGAGGCACUAUAUGAAACCCUUCUUGUUGACAUUUGCAGCUGUUAUUCUGAACGCAGCAUGCGUUUUUGCCUUAGCGCGCUACCUUCGAAAGUCCAGUUUGCGAGAAACAAGGCACAGUAAUAAUGCUGGCUGA